CGGCUGUCUUCAUUUACUGGCCUACUUACUUCCUACAUCUCACAUUCCUGCCUCUGCCCUUGGUCUGUGAAACCACUCUCCUCGCCCCAGCCGCAGACAUGUCGGACUUCUCGGAAGAUCAGAUCAUUGAGUUCAAAGAGGCGUUCCUGCUGUUCGAUCGUACGGGCGAUGGCAAGAUCAGCUACAGCCAGUGCGGGGACGUCAUGCGGGCACUUGGCCAGAACCCCGUCAACGCAGAGGUGCUCAAGGUCCUGGGGAACCCCAAAGCCGAGGCAGAGAUGAACCACAAGAUGCUGGACUUCGAGCAGUUCCUGCCUAUGCUGCAGGCCAUCGCCAAGAACAAGGACCAGGGCUCCUUUGAGGACUUCGUGGAGGGCCUGCGGGUGUUCGACAAGGAGGGCAACGGCACGGUCAUGGGCGCUGAGCUGCGUCACGUCCUCACCACGCUGGGUGAGAAGAUGACAGAGGAGGAGGUGGAGACACUCUUAGCAGGGCACGAGGAUGCCAACGGCUGCAUCAACUACGAAGCGUUCGUUCGCCACAUCAUGGCAGGCUGAGUGCCGGAGCUCGUCAGGAUGGUCAUGAAUGGCUGAAGAUGCAGAUGGAGGAUGAUUUAUUUUGUGCUUCUGUUAUUAUUUCAUUCCCCCCCUUUAUUAUUUUUGAGUAAUUGAAGUUGUUUCUUUUUUUUUUCCUGACACAUUUCUGUUACAUGGGCACCAUUUUGUUUUUUGUUUGUUCAUUCCUUGAAGCCAAUGCAUUCCAAGCAGCUUCGAACACAUAUACUUCCACUUCACUCACCUCACCUCACCUCCCCUCCCCCCCACCAUGUUCUUUGCAUUGGUCCCUCAUUUUGGGUUUUAUUUUCAGAAGUGCCUUUACCCCCUUCCAUCAUCCCCUCCUACAUUACCCACAAGUCACCUCUGCAUCUAUUUCCCAUGAUGCUCCUCUGCUGUCACCAUCUGGCGCUCUGGAAUCUGCCCUGCAUGAGGGGUCCGUAAUGUUGUUAUUAAACGUGUCGUACGCGUGCUGUCAAAAUAAAGACCUGCAAUAAUAUUCCUCCAUAGACACAGCACUGCAACUUCCCCCCCUGUCCUCGCUCCUGUUGAAACCCUACUGUUCAUGCUACACCUACCCACUGGCCUGAAUGUGUGUGUGUGUGUGUGUGCAUGUGUGUGAGAGAGAGAGAAGGGGUGUUUUAGUGAGCGAGGGUGCCCCCAGUGGAUUGGCCUGGUAUGGUCUUCAGCGGUGGGGCUAUCGUCUGGCUCUCACCGACAUCCAUCGCUCAUUGCCAGUGCAAGGCAAAAGAACACCUGUCCUCGGCAGCAAACCAAUCAUGAAUUUGAACUCAAGUCGGAUUGAUGACCUCACAAAAGGUUUUGUGUUCUUAAAGACGGCAUUUUAAGAUUCCAUGUUUGAAUAAAAACAAACCUUUAACUGA